AUGCAAUACGAACAAACCAAUGAAAAGGUUACGGUGAUGGAUGGCCUUCCCGUGGCUGUCACUGGGCCACUGUCACUCACCGAAGAUCCUCAAAUUCAACGAUUUAGAAAAUAUCUUUUGAUUCUACUUGGCGUCUUUCUCGCUCCUUGUUUAAUUACUACAAUUAUGUUGAUUUUGACACAAGUAUCCAGUAGUAACGAUCAAGUUGGAACUGGCACCCGAUUGAGUUCAUCUGUUGUUUCCGUUAUUUUCUAUAGUUUUGGAAUACUGGUCGCUUACAGAUACUCGACAACAGGUUUACGGGUGUUUGCUUGGUUAUCGAUUGUUUUAACUAUUUUGGCUGGUUUUGGAAUUUCAAUAUUUCUCUUUCUUGUCAAAGCAAUAUCGGCUUCAUCCAGUGAUACGGGAAAUAACAAGUCAAGUGGAUUUAUAGUUGCUGGAUCAAUAGGAAUCAUUAUUGAUGUUAUUAUAUUUACUGCUGCGUUUGGCCUUACCAUACUUAUAAUAGUACUUGCUUUCAAAUUAUCAAGACUUAUCGCUGCGAAAACCUCGCUCGCAACUCAACAAAUUUGA